UGAAUUAUGUCACAAACGACUGAAAACACAAUUACUUUGAAAGGUUCUGCUGAUAUCGUAACAGAAUUCUUCGAUUAUGGCAUUAAUAGUAUCAUCUAUCAAAGAGGGAUACAUCCUGUGGAAUCUUUUUCUAAAGAAAAAAAAUAUGGACUCACUCUCCUAAUGACUGAAGAUGAAGAAUUAAAAACUUUCAUAUCUACUAUUUUGAAACAACUCCAAAAUUGGCUACUGACUAAAGAAGUUCAUAGGCUUGUUGUAGUUAUAUCUAACUUUCAUACCAAAGAGACUUUGGAGCGGUGGGAAUUCAAAAUAGAAUGUCAAGGAGAAAUGGAUGGCAGUGGCAAACAAAAAUCAAAAGAUAUCAAAGAAAUUCAAAAUGAAAUUAGAGCUAUUAUUCGUCAAAUUACUGCUAGUGUUUCCUUCCUACCUCUAUUGGAUAAUGCUUGUUCUUUUGAUGUGUUACUUUACACAAAUAAAGACAUACCUGUACCAGAUGAAUGGGCGGAUAGCACUGCUCAUCUGAUUCCUAACUGUGAAGAAGUGAGAUUAAGCAACUUUUCAACAUCUGUUCAUAAAGUUGAUCCAGCUGUUCAGUAUAAAUCUUGUGAUUAGUUUACUAAGCUUCACUGAACUUAAUGAUAUUUCGACAAUUCCGUUGAAGUUGUUGUAAAUUUAUUUUGCUGAGAAUUGUAGUUUAUACAUUAUAAUUGAUUGUUACUCAUAUUUUCAUAUGUAUA